AACCACCUCUAUUGGAGCUAUUUGAACCACUGAUAUUUUGAGUGUUGAAUUCCCGUUUACUGCACAGUCCUCGCUCCACUCUAUUUUCCGUAUAGAUUUUUCGUCAUUCUUCUUCGCACUCUCCCUGCUGGGACUGCCGCUGCUGCUUCUUCGUCUACGGUGAAAUGUACAGCAGCGUAGAUCCCAGUUAAAGCAACACCGCCAUCGUCUGUCCAAAAGAGCGCAAUCUCCUGACCGAUCCCUUUUUCCAACUUUCUUUCCACACACAUUUCAGUCCUCUUCUGGUUUUAUAAACUCAGCAUGAAGUGAAGGAGCCACUGACUGCUUUGUGCAUGGAAUAACAAUAUACAGGCCUCUUCUCCAGUAACAUCAUGUGCUACUUCCAUAAAUGAAGUGAAUCAUCAAGUGAGGAAAUAAUCGCAGGACACCAUGGAGUCGAACGGAUCAGUCCAGCCUCCUGAUGAAACAGACAGCCCUGAAUGGCUUACGAGUUCCCACGGACACUAUGGCUCCACGGCAAACAGCAUGCUGUCACUGGCGUCCAGGCCGGACGGGAAUCCUGUUGUGUCCCGCACACGAGCUCACAUCAUUGUAGCUGUCCUGUGCUACAUCAACCUGCUCAACUACAUGGACCGCUACUCACUGGCAGGAGUUCUUCUCAACAUUCAAUUGUUCUUCCAACUGAGUGACAGCAUUGCUGGGCUUCUGCAGACCAUCUUUAUCUGCAGCUUUCUGCUGGUUGCACCUCUCUUUGGUUAUCUGGGCGAUCGCUACAACAGAACUUACAUUAUGGUCUGUGGUUUGCUGGUGUGGAUGGUAACAGCGACAGGAAGCUCUUUCGUCAGCCAGUCGCAAUUCUGGCUGCUGUUGCUGCUCCGCGGCCUGAUCGGGAUCGGCGAGGCCAGCUUCACCACCAUUGCUCCAACCGUCAUUGGAGACCUUUUCACUGGACAGAAACAGAGCAUUAUGAUCUCCCUCUUCACCAUCUGCAUGCCCUUCGGAAGUGGCCUCGGUUACAUAGUCAGCUCAUCAGUAGCUUCCCACACUGGUGACUGGCGCUGGGCUCUGAGGGUGACGCCAAUCCUAGUUUUGUUGGGCCUCAUCUUGCUUUUGAUCACAUGCCCAGACCUGCCCAGGGGUGCAUCUGUCGACCAGCCCACCAGGCCAGGUUCUUACUGGGACGAUGUCAAGUACCUUGUGAAAAACAAAAGCUAUUUCUGGUCCACCUGGGGUGUGACAAGUCUGUGUUUCGUCAUUGGAGCGCUGUCUUUCUGGAUGCCGUCCUUCUUGUACAGAGCUCGGGUGACUCAGGGUCUUUUGGCGCCAUGUCUGGUACAGCCGUGCGAUUCCACCGACAGUAAGAUCUUUGGAGGCGUGACUCUUGUAACAGGAUUCCUGGGAGUGAUUGUAAGCACCAUCCUAUCCAGGUGGUUACGGCCCAAAAUGCCUAAUGUGGACGCCCUCAUCUGCUUCGCAGACAUGGCGGCUUCGCUACCGUGUGUCUUUAUCGUCAUCUUUGUGGCGCCAUCUAGCAUUCCGGCUACUUAUGUCUUCAUUUUCAUAUCCGAGUUGCUGUUGUUUAUGAACUGGCCAAUCAUUGCCGACAUGGCCCUGUACGUUGUCGUUCCGAGGAGAAGAUCUUCUGCUCAGGCUUUCCAGAUCACACUCUGCCAUCUCCUUGGCGACGCCACCAGCCCUUACAUAAUAGGAGCGAUCUCUGAUGCCAUCAACAAAUCCAAACUGGACGUCACUGAAUUUUACGGUCAGCAGUACAGCUUCCUGGUCCUCCCUGGGAUCCUGGUCCUUGGCGCGCUGUUCUUCUUCAUCACCUCACGCCACUUGGAAAAAGACAGAGUGGCUGCUCAAUUCUCGGAUGAAGAUUCUCCCCCGUGUGACUCAACGUCUCAACUUCCUGUGCAAUCGAACGGCGAACAGAAGAUGUGAACGAUGGCUGUUGCAGCUGAUGUUCUGUUGAGAAGUUAAAUAUAAUGUUUUUAAAACAUUGUGUUUAAAACACAAUAUAUUCGUCCUUUUAAAAAAAUGUUGAACUAUUUUAGUUUCAUUGUUUUUAUGGCGCACGAACAACACACUCAUCUGUUUUCAUGUAAAUAAAUUUCUUUGGAAUUCCCAAUAAUUAAGUCUAACUCUUUUUACAGGCUUCUGGCAAUUGAUGUCUUUCUAGAAAAUGAAACUUUGUAUUGUACAUAUUCUAACACACAUUUGCACAUUAAAUGCUGUUUAAAUUUUUGUGUCUGUCUUGAGGUGUUUGUUGAACCAUAAAACGUAAUAAUAAAAGCUUUUUGAAAUGGU